AUGACCGAAAAAGCGAGCAUAACAAAGAUAGCUGUUGUAGUUUUGUCAUACUGGGUUAUUUCAAUUUCUAUGGUCUUUGCGAACAAGUAUUUAGUUGGCAACAUCAACGACAACAACAUAUCAUUAUUUGUAUCUUGGGUCCAGUGCAUAAUUACAUUCCUAAUAGGAUUAGUGAUUAGUGCCGGAGGCAGUCUUUUCUGCAAGACAUCGUCAAUUAGGUUUGAUGUGGUAUCUCGGAUUAGUUGGACUGAGUCCAAUAUGUGGCCAGUUUUCAAGAUGGCUGGGUUUUUUGUCGGCAUGUUGGCUUUUAAUAAUCUCUGCUCUGAAACUUGUUGGGGUCUCUUUCUAUCAGCAGUAGCACGAUCGAUGACGAUAAUCUUUGUAGUCAUCUUUUCUCUAAUCAUUCUAAAACGACACAUCUCCUACACAAUCAUCUUCUGCUGUCUGAUGGUGGCCAUUGGGUUCAUACUGGGUAUUGACCAAGAGGGGCUGGGCCGGGGUGUUUCUGCCUAUGGGGUAUUCUUCGGUGUAACCUCCAGCAUUUUUAUUGCUCUGACUGGCUUCUUAAUCUCUUGGAUAAGCGCCGUCCAAAUUAAUGUGACGUCACCUGUCUCGCACCACAUCAGCGCCAACUGCAAAGCUAUCUUGCAGACGAUCAUAGCCGUCAGCGUCUACAGCGAGUCGAAGAGCUGGCUCUGGUGGCUGAGCGUCUGUCUAGUCGUGACUGGAGCCUGUCUCUAUGCCGUUCAGAGAUACAGGGAAGAGGAAGAGGAGAAGCGCAAGCAGCAGCUUCUGCCACUACAUGUGGACGUCUCCAACGACCAAAUUAAAAUUGGUAAUAUAAAUAUAUUUAAUUAUUUAUAUUAUAUACAAGCAUAUGCUGCCUAG